CGCCGAUGCCGCCAAGACAGCUGCAGAGGAAGUCCAAGCAAGCAUGUCCAACGUGAACGAGAUCGUGGCGCUUCCAGCUGUCGAAGAGGCCACCGCAAAGGAAAAGAUGUCGGAGAAGAAGAUUGACGGCGACUUAUCCUUCGGUGCAGGGGUCUCACCCGUAGAGAAGGAGGAGGAGGACAUCGAUUACGUCGCUAUGGAGAAGAAAUUGGUGCGCAAGAUUGACCUUAGGAUUCUCAUUUGCAUCGUACUUCUCUAUCUCCUCAACUACCUUGACCGCAACUCCAUCUCGGCGGCGAGGCUCAAGGGGCUCGAACAAGACCUCAACCUCAAGGAUCAAGAAUACGAGACUGCGCUCAGCAUUCUCUUUGUGGGCUACAUUCUUCUCCAGAUUCCAUCAAACCUGCUCUUGGCACACAUCGGUCGUCCACGCAUCUACAUCCCCUCGGUCGUGUGCGUUUGGGGUAUCGUCUCCGCUUGCACUGCCGCAACACACAACUUCCGCGAGCUCGUCGUCGUUCGCUUCUUCCUCGGUAUCUCGGAAGCAGCCUUCUUUCCCGGAGCUCUGUACUUGCUUUCGCGAUGGUACACUCGAAGGGAGGUGGCGAAGCGCAUGGCGGUUCUCUACGGUGGCAGCAUCCUGUCCAAUGCCGUCAGCGGCCUCAUCUCCGCCGGCAUCCUGGGCAACAUGGAGGGAAAGGGGGGUAUCCGAGGCUGGCAAUGGCUCUUCAUCAUCGAAGGCGCCAUUACCGUCUUCGUUGCCUUCUGCAGCUUCUUUAUCCUACCCGACUUCCCGCACAAUUCGAAGAUGCUCACGCCUGCCGAACGCAAAUUGGCUGUGCAGCGUCUUGCGGACGAUGCUGGCGAAGUCCUCAUUGAGGGCGCCGAGGGUCAGGGUCCCAAAGAGGGUCUGAUCCUCGCCGCAAAGGACCCCAUUGUCUGGCUUUUUGCGCUGUGCCUGACAGCGACGACGACCGGCGUCGCCUUUAACCAGUUCUUCCCGACCAUCGUCGGAACACUCGGAUACAACAACAUUACGACUCUCAUCAUCACUUUUGGCCCCUGGGGCUGGGCGUUCCUUGCGGUCAUGACAAAUGCCUGGCAUGCCGAUAAGACUGGCGAGCGGACGUGGCAUCUUUGCAUCCCCCUGUGCGUUGGCAUCAUCGGCUUCAUCAUCUCGUCCGUCACAACGAACCUGGGCGCCCGCUUCUUUGCUCUCUUCAUCGAGGCGCAAUCCUAUGCUGGAUACGUUUUGGUGCUUUCGUGGAUGAGCAACUCGAUUCGGGGCACCUACAAGCGCGCCGUCGGUUUGGCUGCCGUCAACUGCAUUUCGCAGUUGGGCAACAUUGCCGGAUCUUAUGUCUGGCCAAGCAAGUGGGGCCCAUCGUACUGGAGAUCAAACCUCAUCAGUGCCUGCUGCUUCCUCGUUGCCAUCGGCACAGCCCUGGUUAUCCGCUUGGUGCUUGUCCGCAGGAACAGGGACCUGGAUCGGAGGCACGGUACCGUCGAGCAAGUGCAGGCCGGCAACGAAAAUCUCGAAGAGGCCCAGCAGCGUGCAAUGAGCGCCAGACAGACGUACCGGUACCUCAUCUGAAAUUACUUUUCUCUCCGAUCAUGUAACAGUACCCGCUCGAAACCGUUCCAUGUCCGCUUGCCAAGCUUUAUCUCUUGCAGAUUAAUGCAUCCUCCAUUGCAAGAUCCUUUGUGUAUCUGAUCAUUUUCCAUCUUCGCAACCACUAUCCCAGCCAGCAACAGGGCCGUCUAUCUUCCUGUGGCUCUUCCCUUUUGCUGCAGCUCCUUUUCUCCUCCAAUUGCCCGUUUCUCGGGUGGGAUAUGUCUGUCCACCAUUGGCAAGGCAGACGAAAAUUCUACUCCUUCUUCUUGGCCACUCGCCUCCACCUCGCCUCGCGAUCCGUGUCAGAGUAGGAGCCGUGGCUCUCGUAAUCGUAGCCCUUUGU